AUGGUACCUACAUCUGCGUUGAUUCAAAUCAAUUCAAAAUGCGUACUAUCGGUCCGUGUUUUCAUCAAUAGAAACAAAGUGCUGAAGAGUAUCACUAAUUCAGAUACCAUAUUUGAGGCACCUAUACUCUCAAAUAACUCGAUCAUCCGAUUGAAAACACCCGCCAUUCGAUUACACCUUUCCAAUGAAGAUAUGAAAUUUUUGCUGAAUGAAAUACGUGACAGCUUGCUAUUUAUGUUAUACGAGCUUUGCUCGCCAAUACUCGAAGAAAAAGUACUCAAUAAGUUGAAGAUCGAUACCUUCAUGGAUUUUGCCGACGUUCUAGAGAUUUUAAAAAAGGGGUCAAGCCUGGAAACUAGAUCAACAGACGUUUAUAAUCCAAUUGAUGGUAUUGAUGUGCAUAUUACUUCCAUAGAACGGACAGGAAAGAAAAGCUAUAAGUUACAUUUCUCGCAUAACUGGAGACUAGAUAUUCUUAUUGAAAAUAUAGAUAAGCUACAUCAUUGGAGGAAGCUUUUAACGCUACUGGAUUCUGUCCAAUCGGUCUCUAAUACCGGUCAAAGUAUCCCAUUGUUCAUUCCCUUUAAAAGUACAAAUGUACUGGUACGAUCCAUUAAACCUCUUGAAUCGGAUACUAAUAGUAGUAAAAGCGAAGAUCCACCGAUACUCAUUGAACCUGAAGAUGAUGGUUUGGGGCAAGUACCUCGUGAUGAAAUAGAAAUGGUUGAUCAAGAUCCCAACGACAUAAAAUUGGACACGAAGGAUGAUAAAAAGCCAAUAUUCGAUUACCAAUACAAGGGUAUGAGACUUUUCGAUAAAUGUAUUAAAAUACACGUACUUGGGCGGCCAAAACGUGGUAAAAAGAAUUGA